AUGGCGGACGACGUCCAGUCGACGACAUCCUGCUCUUCCAAGAAAGGAAGAAAAUCGUACACGAUUCAGAAGAAGAUGGAAGUGUUGUCGAGGUUGGCAGAGCUGGGUGGAAACGUGGCGGGAACAGCUCGGGAAUGCGGAGUACCGAGAAGUUGCGUGCAAGACUGGUCGAAGGCUGAGAAUCAGAUCGAAGCAAUAAAGAAUGACAUACAGAUUUCGACAAGAAAGAGGAGAAGAUCCUCCGCAAUGGCUGGAUCAGAUGGAGCCAAGAGAAGAGCUUGGUAUCCUGAACUAGAAACGGAGUUGUCGUCGUGGGUAGACAAAAAACGUGCUGAGGGCAUAACUGUCAGUGGGAGAUGUAUCAAGCUACAAGCUCGAAAGCUCUAUGACGAUAUGUCUGAGGGCGAAGAGUGCAUGCUUCUUUUUCUGUAUCAGUGUUAAUGUUAAGUAUGUCUGUUUAUCCACACAAAGCUCUGCAACUUUCCAUUUCAACACUUGAUGAAAGAUGUUUGUAAUUUUACCCCUCUAGACACCGGCAUGCCGGUAUGCCCCGGAGUAUACCGGCACUUGCUAGACCCCGUUAUAAACCGGCAUGCCGUUUAAAGCGCGGAAAUACGGUAUAUAUAUAU